CGUCCGGGCGAUCCACACACUGGGACGAUUUGUGGGGCUGUUCUGCUGCUUCUGCUUGACAUUUUAUUCUAAAACACUAAGGAGAUUACUGGAACAUUACUGCUGACACCAUGAAGGAGAGGAGGAAUACACAGCCGCUGGUGGUGAGAUGUAAACUGGUGCUUGUGGGAGACGUUCAAUGCGGAAAAACGGCGAUGUUGCAAGUGUUGGCGAAGGAUUGCUAUCCAGAGACCUACGUGCCCACGGUGUUUGAAAACUACACAGCCUGCCUCGAGCUGGAGGAGCAGCGCGUGGAGCUUAGUCUGUGGGACACUUCAGGUUCCCCCUACUAUGACAAUGUGAGGCCCCUGUGCUACAGCGACUCGGAUGCAGUUUUGUUAUGUUUCGACAUCAGUCGCCCAGACACUGUGGACGGCAGUCUGAAGAAGUGGAAAACCGAGAUCCUUGACUUCUGCCCAAGCACACGCAUCCUCCUGAUUGGUUGCAAGACUGACCUACGCACAGAUGUUUGCACGCUGAUGGAGCUGUCCAAUCAGAAACAGACUCCCAUAACAUAUGAGCAGGGCUCUGCGAUGGCCAAGCAGCUGGGAGCCGAGGCUUACCUGGAGUGCUCAGCGUUCACCUCAGAGAAAAGCAUCCACAGCGUGUUCCGAACUGCAGCGAUGGCCUGCAUCAACAAGCUGCAGCCCCUCCCCAAGAACAGCCCCACCCGCCGCCUCUCCAAAAGACUCCUCCACCUGCCCAGCAAGUCUGAUUUGCUCUCCUCCACCUUCAAGAAGGAGAAGGCUAAGAGCUGCUCAGUCAUGUGAGUGGAGACCUCGGGGGUCACAGUCAUCACAUGCAACCCCAAGCCCCCUGCCUCUUUGGUCUCGGGGAAGGGGGGUGGGCACGAUGGUUUUAUCAGGGCUUCCUGCUGGAUCCUUCCCUCACCCCCCCAGAAACCAAACACCUGUCAGAAGAGGUGGACACCUCGCUGUCCACUUGCUCCUGAACCUUUUAGCGCACAUCCAUUGUUAACCACCACUGAAUCUUGCUUUCAAACAAUAUGAGUUGAGGUUUGAUCAUGGAGCUGUCAUUUUUUUCACCUGUAAACAGUAUGCAACUACAGCAGUGUUACAUCUGUCUGAUUUUAAUAUCUCUAGGCACAUGUUGAUUUUGUCCAAAUUGGAAAUGUGCAACGUGUGACGUUUAAUCUUGUGAUGUAAAUGCCUCUCAGACAAUUCAAUAGAUAUUUUUCUAAAUACAAAAAUAUAUCUAGCAUGAAACUGGCAGGAAUGAGCAAAUUCCUGUACAUCCCUCUUAGUAAGGUGUGAAAUAGCUUGUAGCCAGCGUCCCUGUUAAGGUGUAAGAGAGUACAGAGAUGCAGAGGGAGAGUACAGUGAUGCUUUUACGCAGAGAGUUCUCAUUGUCUCAGAGCUGAUGAGAACAAGGAUAAGAGCUGUGAGCGCAGAGUGCUGUGCAGACAGACAGCAGUCUAGGUAAAUUCAACCUGCAUGCACUGUUGCUGCACGGUUGUGUUGCUCUGCACAGUGAUGCUCCACGAAAGUGGAGGAGGCUAAAGAGGUUCAGUGUGUGCAAAAUGAAAUGAGGAAAAACUUAAAGGGAAGUUUAGUUGGGCUUCCACUGCCUCUGCUGUCACAGGUAGAGUCUAUUUUAAAAUGCUGUUUUGACAAAGAAGAAGUCAAACUUGAAUAGAUGAGAAGAGAUGCUAGUUGUGACCAGGAGCAGAGAGACAAGCAGCUCAAAGCCGAGCUGUCCAGUGUUUUUUAUGAAGCUGAAGCUGGUUAUCACAGUCUCAUUAGGCAUAUUUAAAAGCAUAGGAUUACGCCUACUUUAGUCUGGCUGACUGCUAGUGUGAAAAUCUGGCUCGUAGUUUCAAACAUUCUUUGGAAAAAGGAUUUGUAGCAUUGUAUUGUUGAGCGUUUUCAACAAUUUCCAAACGGUAUGCAGUUCUGAAAAAAUGCCUUUCAUACCAUGUUCCCAGAAGUCACUGAUUUAUGACUUUUGUAAUCUGCCUGUGGAUUUCUCUCAUUUGACCCGAUGUAGCAUCCUCAACCUGACUGUACUCUUCCAAGACGACUGGAGCUUUUGUGUGGGACAUUGAUGUGAAUCCAUUGACCUCCAAUAAGAAGCACUUACUGUAGGUUACUGCUACUAUUCUAAGUGUAAAUUAGACCCCUUUUCUGAGCUUAAAUCUUUGGCUUGAUGGUUACAUGUGUGUGCAGCAUCCAUCUCUGUGCUUCGAACCAUAAAGCAAUAAUGAUUUAAGCGCUUGUGAUGCAAAGGUAACCUGUGCGGCAAUAAAGAUUCAGCUUUGUGAAAUCCGUCAUGCUAAAGUGCUCCGUUGACAUCAAACCAUCUGUGCUGUACAAAGAAGCUGCUUAUAUGUGUUUGCCCCUCUUUUUCCUCCUCGUAUAAGUAGCAACUGGAUUAUAGAAACCAAUGAAGUCAUGAGAAGGAGUAGAUUGUGAGUAAGACGGAUCAGCGCUCUUUGAGUUGGAGAUGCUAGACUUUGCUGUCAGUAUUGUGCAAUCACAAUAAGGCAGUAGGACUUAAAAGAACUUCUAAUGUCAAUGGAGCAGAGAAAAUUAGAAAUCCGCAAGAGAACCUGCAAAAGUCUAACAAUCAUGUUGCAAAAAGGGCUACUGUAUGGAAAAAAAAUCAAAUACCGUGGGACUAAAGUGAACAAAGAAUCAAAAUGCACAGGCUGGCCCUGUCAAAAGUAAGCUAUUUUUCCAUUGUGUAUAUUUUUGUUUGUAAAUGUGUAUUUCUCUUUUUUAAUUUUGCCUGUUUCUCGGUAUUUCAAAGCAUGAUGUAAGUCCCAGUGUUGUCUUGGAAAUCUCUUUCUCUGAUGGUCGUAGCGUCUUUAUGCAGCUGUGGACUGACCCUGAAAGUCGUAGGAACUUAAAGUGGUGAUUUGCACAAAGGCUUCCAGUUCAGGGUCACACACCAACAUUCCUCGGCAUCGCCUAGCAACAAUCCAGCGUAGGAAACAGAAACAGGCUCACGGGUUGGUUGUUUGGACUGAGAGGGGUGGCUCAUGAGCAGACAUACUCGCAUCCAUUUCAGUUAUGCAUUUAUUGGCAGGCUUGUUUCUCGAUAUUUUGACUUUGUGUUGGGGAUCUGAUGCCUUCUGAAGACGGACCGUGUCAGUUAAUAUGCAGCCUUUGUGUUGUAGUCGGUGUGUGGUACAGUGGUGCAGUCAAACUCCUAAGCAUGUCCUAUUGAAGUUGUAUGAUUGUACAUACCGUCUCCUGUUUUAUAAUCAUUGUAAGACGUCCUCAUGGAUGUCACUGGAAAAUAUUGUGGUUGAUGUGAAUAUUUAUUUGGUAGCUAUUUUUGCCUUUCUUUUGGUCUAUAUGUACAUUUGUUGAAAAUCUAUUUUUCAAAAAAUUUGAUUUUUGUUUUUUUUUAUGUUUCUGUUUUUUGUUUUUAUUUUUGC